CCUGAAUCCAGCCCUCCGCCCACGGCCUCCGUUUGGGGACUUUUAGCCCCCCUUUCCUGUUCUUUCCUUGCUUGCCUUUAUGACCAUCUAGCGUGGUCUUCACCGCGCUGCAAACUAUGCUUCUUGUCGGCCCUUCCUUGAUGGCGCAGUGAUUGUUCCCCAGAGUCACCAUGUUCCCGAGUUCUGCGGGUUCUGGUAGGAGGAUAUUGCGACAUGGCCAGCACAAGCUUGACCACCCUAUCCUUGACCCCGGAUCCUAGCUUCAACUGGUUCUUCCUCCUUGAGCUCAUCGUCUCUUGCAUCCUCGUAUUGUUCUUCCUACUCUACUUCAAUCGCCUUUUCGCAACGCUCUUAUCAUACGGAAUACGCGCUUACACCUGGCAUUAUUACCGCGCAUAUGUUGACAUUCGUGCUAUUCAAAUAUCCCUUCUCGGAGGGAGGAUAUUUUUCAAGGGCAUCCGAUACCAUGGGGUGAACGAAACGAUCUUUGUGCAUGGGGGGUUUAUAACAUGGCAUUACUGGAGACGCUCAGUGAGAAAAACGAACCUCACAAAUGAUAAAUCCGACCAUGAACGGCCGGAAGACGAAGCUCAGCACUCCGGGGCCGCCAACGCCAACGCCAACGCGAGCGCGACUAACGGUAGUGACCGAGAGGAACAGGGCCCCCCUAAGAGUACGCACUCGCUUCCUUGUCGCAUCACUGCCAAACUCUACGGCCUUGAAUGGUUUAUAUACAAUCGGACCCCAGCCUACGAAGGCAUUCUUGCUGGCUUCAGCCCGCCGCCGCCACCGCCUUCGUUUACCAGACCGCAAUAUCCAGGAAGCAAUACCUUGGACCCUCGGCUAAAAGACGACCAAUCGGAUGUUUCUGCAGGGCCAGCCUCUGAUCAGGCCUCUGAUACUCAUGGCGAUCGGCGUGAAAACACUGGCAAGGACACAAUAGCUUCUGAAGCAGCGGAAGGCUCUGGGCAGGAAAUAGGAGAGAGCUUGUCUAGGCUACUCCAGCUCUUGCCAAUGAGGAUUGAGUGCGAUAAAGGUGCUAUUGUUAUUGGAAAUGAGAAUACGAAAUCUGUUUUGACCACGAACUUCGACGGCGCCACUGGGUUGAUCGAAGCCAGCGAUUCUGGCCCACUCGAUCUCUACCGACAAAUAUUCUCUUUCGCUUUCACCCAUCCGGUCAUUCAAAUGCGACCAAAUCCGGAUUUCAAGCAAAAUCAGCUGGCGGCUGCAAAAAACCUCGGUUCAACGCGGGUGGAGCAAUCUGAAACAAAACGCAAACGAGAUAGGAUCUUUAACUACCGGUUGCAAAAGCGCAGGGUCUGGCACAGUAUCCGUGACCUUGUCCCAUACUUCCAGUCUUCUGUCGAAUCGUUUCACGUGCGCGAGAACCAUUCAGACGCGGCCCCUCGAAGCUCAGCCGAUCUUGCCGAUGACACGCGUUGGGUUGGUCUCUCCCGAUACUUGGAUGAGAGCUCCCAGGAUGACCACGAGGAGUGGAACCCUGUCGAAUAUGCUAGAUUCUCCACUCUACUCGACAGCCCGAGCAUGACUGUGGCGUACUAUUGGGAUAUUCCUGGUUGUGUCAAGCCAUCCGCGUCUUCACCGGCGCCUGCCCCUACGUCACCAGAUAUCAAUGGUGCCCCUCCUCCGGAAUGGGGGAUCGAUGUGAAGAUCGAUGGUGGAAGCAUCAAUUACGGACCUUGGGCUGAUAGGGAACGCGUCGGCUUGCAAAACGUAUUCUUUCCCAAUGCCUACCGAAGCUCGCAGCCGGUCGACCCGCUGACCCCCGGGGAACUGAGGAAAAACUCCGUCUUCCGAUUACGGGUCGAAAUCACCGAGGAGUUGACAUUGCGCCUCCCUACCCGGGAGCCUUCAAAGGACUGGCAAUGGAAAGGCCGCGCUGAUGCGAUACGAGGCGUCGCCAAAUUACGGAAGCAGUCAAGUAGAAGGCAGUCACGCACCGGAGACGGCGAUAAAGGUCAUAUAGGCCCUGACAUUCGCCCAUUUGGAUGGUUGUCGCUUCGUGUUGCUGGAGAUUCCACCAUCAACUAUGCCAUGGAUAUGGUGGCGUCAGCGUCUGGGUUUCAUAGUCAGUUGGACCUCGACCUUCGGGAAACAAAAAUGUUGACCAGUGUCAACCACGCAUUGUUGUGGCAAUGUUCUAGGCAACUUGUCAGCUGCGAUCUCUCGGUCCCACUAACCUGGAACAGCCUUCGUACGUGGAUGUUCGAUGUUGACAGUCACGAUAUGGAGUUGUUUUUGCUGCGGGACCAUAUUUUCCUUGUGACUGAUCUGGUGUCUGACUGGGCGUCGGGCCCUCCACAGGAAUACUACACGUUUGUGCCGUUUAUAUACAAGCUUAAUCUGUCUUUUUCCAACAUUCGGCUGUUUCUCAACGUUAAUGAUAUGAACAUCGUCAGCAACCCUUCUGACCUGGAUGACAAUCGUUCAUUGGCAAUCAAGGGCACAAGGCUGACAUCCGACGUCAUCAUCCCUCUGAACAAGUAUCAGCCUGAGCAGAAUGCCAUUGAUUUCAACGUUAAAUUGGACGAUGGAGGCAUUGACUAUCUGACGCCUCUAUGGGAUACUUUACAUGCGUUCUUGAAGGAGAAAUCAACUGCCACCCUGCAAAGCCUAUCCAUCGAUGGCUCGUAUAAUUAUUAUCUUUCAACAUCCCCGGAACUGACAGAUACACUGCUGCUAAAUAUAGAUGGCUUCUCUCCUAGGCUGUAUUUGUUCGGAUUCCUGAUACGGUCCUUCAUGACCAUUAGGGAGAAUUACUUCGGAGAGGAAAUGCACUUCAAAACUCUGGAGGAAUAUCAAGAGCUUGCAUACCCUGAGGAGGAGUCGAGGUCGACUGGCGGAAUAAACCCGAAUAGGAAGUCCAAUGACCUUGAUGUGAUCGUCCAUGUUACCGUUCACAGUCCCUGCGCUUUUCUCCCCGAAAACCUUUACGAACAUUCAGCCUCUCUUAGCCUCACUGCACCUUUGCUGGAGGCUGACUUGCGGUUCACAAAUUACUACAUGGACUUGCAGUUCUCCCUUGCUCCUCUCAAGGUAGCUUUGGAGUCUAGUGAGACAGAGGGAGAACUCGUUCCUUCAGAACCCCAACUCUUUAUUGACGGGGUUGCAAUUUAUGGCCACCGGUUAUUUGGACUGCCCCCCGCGGAGCCUACUUAUGUCUGCAACUGGGACUUCGGAGUGGGUCGAAUUAUUGGAGAAUGCUCGACGGAUUUCCUAAGCUGUCUUGGUGCAGCUUUGCAAAGCUUCGACAUGACUUUUGACAAUGAAGAGAAUGCGCUCCCACCCUUAUCUCUGAUACAGCUUCAUGAUGUCACCUUCUUGCGGGCCAGGAUUGAGCUUAUUCACCUUUCUGUUCUCCAGGACCGGGCCGCGUUGAUCCUGAAGUCUGGGCCGGUGACAACAGAGUUCAAUGACCUGGCAAAUGCGAGAUUCUCUAAACGGAUGAAGCUUCUUGUUCCCGACCUAUCCCUUGCCGCAAUUGAUUAUCAGUUCUUAGGCCAAUUUGGAAGCCGGCUCAGUACGCACAUAGCUCCUUUCGCUCUCUUCCAGGCUACCUUGAAGAUGAGAAUGGUCCAGAGAAGGAGUGAUAUCACCGAAAGUCGAAGGCUACAACAAGAGCAUAUUAAAGCCCAUGACCAAAGGACACAAAGAACGCCGUGGCUUCUGAUGGACUGGGACGACAUAUACCCUGACACACCACAGCACGAUGAGGGCAGCUUAGUACCACCGACCAUCCCUAUACCUACAAUGCCCGAACCCAUCUCGAAGCAUUCCGGUCUAGGUGUUUUGCCAUCAAGACGCCAAUUUUCGGUAGGCAGAAGCAAUCUAAGCUCUAGGAGCUUCCUUGUCAUGCCAGAUGCUUCGAGUGUGAGAAGUAUGACCGGAAUGAAAUCGCGUCAGCCCAAUCGACCGACCAGCGUGCCAUCCAAGAUAGCAAAGGAUCGGAAGCUCCGCCGACCAGCAACAGGUAGCCCUAAUCCUACCCUUCUUAAGCGUCGGGAUGCUACGAAGGAUGGGCCAGUAAACAUACCCCAUGCUUCAAGCCCUUGGGUCAUGCCCGAAUUUUCUCUCCACCAGACCGACCUUGAUACAUCACAACUUCCGUCGGAACAAACUUCGCGCAAAUAUACUGCUGUUACCAAGGGGGACCUUCCCGUCGUGGAUGUCGAUCCGUUCUUUUCUUUUUCUGAUAGUGAUGUAACGACUUAUACAAACCUUGCCAUUGAACUCCCCACUGGAAUCCGAGGGUUCUGUUACCCCGAGUUUCUUCACAUACUGUCAGCGUUGAUCGAACGGAUGCAUCCAAGACGCCCUGUCGCAAUUAUUGAUUCCCUACAGAAGCGAGUCAUAUCAGACAUUGUGGGCUAUGAGAAGUCCAUGAAACAGCCCAAAACAUGCACCAGCGUUGCAAUCAGAGCACCUUCCAUACUUGUCAAACUGGUUAAUUCCGAACCGGACCCGAAUGGCGAAUUUCAUUUUCGGGACGAGUAUAGGAUUGACAUGUCUCAACUGAAGGCUGAGUUCAGGACGAAGGUGGAACGGGAAAGGGGCGACCUCCUUUCGGGCAUAAACAAAAGCUCUACAGUGCAUGCCGCUGCAGACAAGCUUUCAAUAUCCGUUCACGGCAGCAGUGCCGACGCUUACCAGGAGAAGGCUGAGCUCGGUUGCAUCUUUGAAGACAUGAACUUCUGGCUCGUGACAGAUCCUAUAGUGAGAUCAAAUUUCCAAGUUCGGGCUUUCGAUACUGUGACCUCGACAAAGUCUGUGGAACACCUCGCCUCUCUGGUCCAUCGAACAACGACAAUGUCGGAUUCCAUCGCAUCCUCCUUUCAACAGAGCUCGGCUAUCGGGGACAGACGGCUGCAGUACCUCAUGUACUCCCUUACGCAACAAGCCGCGAAGGUUCCAGAUCCAGCGUUUCUCAUUCGUAUAUCGUACGUGCUUAGGGUGGCGCGUUCCCAUCUGCGGCAGCACGACUCUUGGAAGAUAAUAUCUCGCAUACGAAACGUUUACUACCACAUGUCGCCGGGUCAACGUCAAGUGUUGACGGCCAAGUGCCUCAAUGGCGAUUUCGAACUUCCCCAAGAUGCCAAGACCGUUGUACUCUCCAACUUUGACCAAUGGCGGGCUUGGGAUCUAGCUCAUGUAGAAAAGAGCUAUGUGAUGCGGAGAAUCUGGAAUAGCUCUCCAUCCCAAUCCGGGGAGGCCUCGACAACCAUGAUCUUUUCUUCUACUGUGAAACUCUUCCGCUUCUCCAUUGAUCCCGGGCCGAAGGAGAGUGGCUUCGUUAUCGAGGAUUUGUCAACAGCUGUCUCGGUUCAGCCCAGUGAGCCGUCAUCUACAGAUAAAGAGCCUCGACCGAAAGAGGUUACGGUUGUCCAAUCUUAUUGCUCGUCUGUUAGUCUUCACUUGCGGUGGGAAAUUCUCGACCUUGUGGAGGGAGUCAUGAAGACAAUGUCUACAGUUACACUGGAAUCCGCACCGCCAUCCCAAAGUCGUGGCAGCGGAUCUGAAAAAUUGACUGAAAUUCAGCUGGUCUUCGGAACAGAUCUGGGAUCUAUAACUCUGGAUGGUAUCAAUGUCAAGCUAGCACUGACUGGUAGAGCCCUCAGAAGCUCGCUUGUUAAAAAGCCUCGCAGCAUAGACAGUCCGGAAACCAUGAGCCUGUUGUUAAAUUCCGAAGCUUGCUAUACUGAACUCUCUAGCUUCUCCAAGGUUCUCAUGCUUUGGAAAGUUAGUAACCCUCACAUUUACUGUUCUCUCGUGACUGAGGAAAAUGAGGCAGAGGUGAACCACGACUGGAAGAUUGCCGGAUCAUGCAGGAAACUCCGCUAUGACAUGGGAGAAGAUCUUUUAAGUCUCGCGCAUACCGCAGAUCGGUUGAUAGAGGAUGAAAUACGGUUCAUUCAUCAACUCGUCAACAGCGUGGACUUACCAUCACACCAGCCCGUUGAAGCGACUAAUCCGAAGAAGCGAACUCACAAUAACUUCCAUGUCGCGAUGUUCUUAGAUGACUAUCGCCUAAGCUUUUGCGUCUUACCGUCGCUGACAUAUGUCAUCGCUGGAGAAGUAGCACGGACUUCCAUUACACCCAAACUCGGAUCGAAAAUUGAAGUGGACUUUGAUCUGAAGAAGAACAUACACACACUUUUGUCAGGCGAAGGGGGGAAAUGGCGUUCUCUAUCGGCAUUGGAAAUACCACCCAUAAAUGGUCGAGUCAUUGCUGAUCUCUCACCAAACCGCACAGAUAUGGAGAUCGAUAUCACCAUUGAACUGAUACGCUUGGAGGCCAGUGCUUUACGAAGUCUGCUUGGUGCCCUAUCAAAGCCAGAAGUCUCACAUUUGAUUGACGAUCUCAAACAAAGUAUCGAAGUCUUACAGUUGCAUUUCAGCGAUGUCCUUGCACAUUCGAGAUCUCCUCCCCCGCAAAACAAUCCACCUAGUGGCCACAUUAUUCUCUAUAAGGCUCGCAUGACGAUGGCGGGCACGACGAUUCAUGCCAGGGCGCCAGGGCUGAACAGCAAGAGUUACACCGCGGACAUGGACAUCAGCCUCGGGAUGGUUCGUCUGCAUCUAGAUAAUGGUCUGAACGCUGGACAUCCCAUGGAAUACCCGGAAUUCCAUGUCGAUACUUCCAACAUAAGUCUUGAUUUGAGGAAGGAAGAAGCGUCUAGGAGUCGCUCAUAUUGCAGUUUCUCAAUUGACGCUAAGCUUCAAGGGACAACGACCCAAGACAGCGGAGAAACUAGACGAGUGUUCCAUCUGACCAGCAAGAGAUUCGUUGUCGAGCUCUUUCCAGAGACAGCAGCAUUGGUGGUUGACAUGGCCGCCCACUUGCAGGAGCGUAUUAAGACUCUAGAUCUUUCCCAAGAGGUGAAGCGUUUCAAGAGACUGAGACAUCGUGGUCACACGGAGAAAACAGGCCCGGAGGUUCCCAGCAUCCAGGUCGAAGACGUUGGCUCCUCGGAGGGACUGUUUGACGCCAUGUACUCUCUGGACUUCAAUGACAUCCAGGUUGGGUGGAACAUGACCACUACAACCUCAAGGGUAUCUUCACGCAAACCCGACGACCUGGUCUUUUCCAUAAAGCGCGUGGAGUUGUCGAACAAGAGAGCAAACGCCGCCAAACUCCGAAUUGAAGACGUGCAGUUGCAGAUGGUGCCCAUUUCAGGAAACAGGCGCAAGCGCUCACCCAAUUCUGCUCUGUUGCCCGAACUGGUUUUCAACGUAGCAUACUCAUCAGCAGGGAAGGAGGUUCGAUUGGCGUUCCAAGCUGCCGGGAAAUCUUUGGAUCUGCGGGCUACCUCUGACUUCAUAUCGCCAGCGAGCGCGAUCAGAGACUCUAUUGCCUCUGCUGCGCGAACGAUCCGAGAGGCUAAUGCUACCUUGGUAACGAAGCCAUCUGAUGAUAGCACCAAAAAUCGACCACUCUUCGGAAAUAAGCGCUUCCGCUCCGUGUUGAUAGACGUUGAUUUCGCCGGUGCCAUUGUAUCUCUGCAAGGGCGACAUACGGAUGAUAUUCAAACAAUGCUGACGGCGAAUAUGAAAGAUGGUAGACUUCCUGGAUCAACAUACGGCCAGUACGUUCAAGGAGACGGGAUGGCCACUGCAACAUUUAGGGCUCCAGGCGUGGCCUUGAAAGUCCAGUUUGAGGACAACGGGCGAGAUGAUUCGGCUCUCAACGCGGAGUUAAAAGUGGAUGCUUCUACGAAUGUCCUGUAUCCGAGUCUGGUCCCCUUGAUCAAACAGAUGACUUCCACUAUCAAGGAAGUCAUGGGCGACCAGCCAAAGCCUCGAAGGCCGUCUAAUGCCGUGAUGCUGCAAUCACAAAAGUUGAUGCAAGAGACCCCUCUGGACGACAAGGGCCCAGGUUCAAUCCUUGGAAGAUGCAAGGUGAACGUAGGGAUCCUGAUUUGCAAGCAAGAAUUCAGCCUGAGCUGCCAACCCAUAGCUAGAGUAGCAGCUACAACCCGGUUUGACAGUGUCUACGUGACGGUCAACACCGUUCAGUCUGAUGAUCCUGGGCGAUUCUUAGCCCUUCUGGUGGCUUUCAACUCUCUACAGGCAUCGGUAAAACACGUGUACUCGAACGAGUCAACCGCGAGUUUCGAGGUCGAGUCUAUGGUCAUGUCGCUUAUGAACAGCAAACAUUUAGGGAGCGCGAAAGGAAUUUCUGUCGCUCUUCGGAUGAGCCCGAUGGAAGUUGCGCUGAAUGCAAAGCAGGUUCAAGAUCUUCUGCUUUUCCGGGAGAUCUGGUUUCCAUCGAGUGAUGACAUCGAUCCUGGCCCUCCACCUGAGCCACAACCUACCGAGACACAGGCCUAUAUUGUGCAGCGUUAUCAACAAGUCGCGGCAGCCCCCGCUUUCCCGUGGAACACCACGAUCUCCAUCGAAAAGCUAGAGAUCCAACUCGACUUGGGGUCUACACUGGGGAAGGCGCAGUUCGCCGUACACGACCUAUGGCUGUCCUCGAAGAAGACAUCCGAUUGGGAGCAGACACUUUCCAUUAGCUUCAAUACACUGGGGAUUGAGAGUAAGGGCCGCAUGAGCGGACUAGUGGAGCUUCAAAGUCUCAAAGUGUCCACGUCCAUCAAUUGGCCAAAUGACAAGCAAAAUCACCAGACGCCCCUCAUCCAGGCAUCCAUCUCGUGGCUUCAGCUUCAGGUUAAGGUCUCUUUUGACUACCAACCCUUUUUGAUUGCCCACAUCUCGAGUUUUGCCUUUCUGAUGUACAACGUUCGGCCUACGACUGAAGCUCCCAGCGAGCGUCUUUUUAGCAUCUUGGAUGGGGACAAGGUGCAAGUCUUUUGCACAAGCCUGACGGCAUCGCAGUCUCUGGCCUUGUAUCAGGCCUGGCAGCGACUUGUGCAAGACAAGCAGGCAGCAUACGAAGCCUCUUUACGCGACGUCGAACGAUACCUGCGCCGAAAGACCUCGACUUUCUCGGAGAAAACAGAGGUGUCGUCCAAGGAGUUGUCUAAACCCGCAGAGGUUAAGGCGGAGACGGCGCCAAUAUCCUUGCACACCGGCGUUGUUGUUAGUAUCAACGCUGUCAGUAUAGGUGUCUUCCCAAGCUCCUUUUUUGACAAUCAUGUAUUCAAAUUGGAGGCACAUGAUGCCCAGGCUCGGUUUGAUGUCUCACUGCAGGACGGCAAGAUACACAGCGCGUUGGGCCUAACGCUAGGCCAGUUACGUGUCGCGCUUUCGAACAUUGUUCGGUCAGGUCCUAUGGACACCGAAGAGCUCUUGGUCAAGGAGAUCGCCAAUCGCGUUACCGGAUCCAGGGGAGGGACGAUCCUGAAAGUCCCUCGGCUUCUGGCCCGAAUGGAGACCUGGCAAGUUCCCGGGUCACAGCAGAUCGACUAUAUUUUCCAAAGCACGUUCGAAGGCAAGGUCGACGUUGGCUGGAACUAUUCCCGCAUCAGCUUUAUCCGGGACAUGUGGGAAACCCAUUCGCGGGCGUUGGCUUCCCGACUCGGGAAGCCGCUACCUCCGUCUGCGGUUCGCAUCACUGGGGCGUUGAGUGCCGAAGGAAGCGGCGACAAGAAUGAGCCGCACGAAAAGAUCACCGCGGUGGUCAAUGUACCGCAAUCGAAGUAUACCUAUAUGGCACUGGAGACUCCCGUGAUCGAGACGCCUCAGCUUCGCGAUAUGGGUGAAGCCACCCCACCAUUGGAAUGGAUUGGGCUUCAACGGGACAAGCUGCCCAACAUUACUCAUCAAAUCGUCAUCGUCACACUUUUGGAGAUUGCCAAAGAGGUGGAGGAUGCGUAUGGCAAAAUUUUGGGGUCCUCAUGAUUUCUGCGGCUUUGUAUGUUGUGCUUCGUUGAGACUGCAUGGUCGGCGUAUACAGGCGUUGAGCACAUUGGAUAGAUAGAUAGAUAACCCGGGAUGAAACUUUGUAUUCUUAUUU